GAAAUCCGCAUAAAUAUGGACAUUCCGUCUCUCCAAGCGGUAAAGGAUGAAUUCCCGGAUGUAAUGCCAGGAGGUCGUUUCCGGCCAAAAGAGUGCACUUCGAGACACAGGGUCGCCAUACUGGUUCCCUACCGUAAUCGCACCGAGCACCUCAAGAUAUUCACCUAUAACAUUCACAGGGUGCUCUCUCGGCAACAGAUCGACUACGGCGUCUUCGUAAUAGAACAGGGCGACAGCGAGGACUUCAACCGAGCGAAACUGUUGAACAUCGGUUUCGUUGAAGCAACCGCCCUGUACGACUACCGAUGCUUCGUCUUCCACGACGUCGACAUGGUUCCCGUCGACGACAGAAAUGUGUACGCCUGCCCCGAGCAGCCACGGCAUCUGUCCGUGAACGUCAACAACAAAUCCACAAUUUUCUACCACUACUUUUUCGGUGGGGUAACUGCCGUUACAAAGGAACAGAUGUUGCGCGUCAACGGAUACUCCAACAAGUACUGGGGUUGGGGAGCUGAAGACGACGACAUGGGGCACAGGCGAGUGGACUGGAAGUGGUGGUGGAAGGCACGCAACUGCUGAAAGACAACGUUUCUCGUGGAACGAACCAAGUAUUCUAUAGAAAUAUGCAUACCGAAUAUUAAUCAUGAAGUUAGUUCGUCUAGUUCUAUUGGGAA